AUGGGUGGUUUGGGUAAAACUACUCUUGCCCAGCUUGUUUAUAAUGAUGGUAGGGUGAUGGAUGGUUUCAACCUCAAAGUAUGGGUGUGUGUCUCAUAUGAGUUUGAUGUGUUGAGGGUAACAAGAACAAUUUAUGAGGCAAUCACCGGAUCUAAGGAUGAUACCAAUGAUUUAAAUAUGCUUCAAAUUAAAUUAAAACAACAACUAACUCAAAAGAGAUUUCUCCUUGUUUUAGAUGACGUAUGGAAUGAAAAUUAUAUGUUGUGGGAAGCCUUGCAAUCACCAUUUAAUCAUGGGUCUCUAGGAAGCAAAAUUCUUCUAACCACUCGCAGCAGAAAAGUUGCUUCAACCAUGCGUUCUACUAAAAUACUUCCAUUGAAGCCCUUAUCAGAAGGAGACAGUUGGUCAUUAUUCAGCAAAUAUGCAUUCCAUGAUGGAAAUGUUCUUUGUGCAAACCCUGACCUUGAAGAAAUUGGUAGAAAAAUCAGUGAAAAAUGCAAAGGGUUGCCUUUAGCUCUGAAAGCCAUUGGGAGUCUCUUAUACACAGAAUUAUCUCAUGAGCAAUGGAAUGGCAUUUUGAAUAGUGUGAUAUGGGAGGAAAAAAGUGAUAGCACAAUUCUCCCUGCUUUGAGAUUGAGUUAUUGCUACCUCCCCUCUCAUCUUAAAAGAUGCUUUGCUUAUUGUUCAAUAUUUCCUAAAGAUUAUGACUUUGAUAAGGAGCAUUUAAUUCAAUUGUGGAUGGCUGAAAAUUUUCUUACAUGUUCUCAUCAAAGCAAAGAUGCGAGAGAAGUAGCAGAACAAUUUUUUCAUGACCUAUUGUUGAGGUCACUUUUUCAGCGUUCAAUAGUGGAUGAAACACGUUUUGUCAUGCAUGACCUUAUUAAUGAUAUGGCAAAAGUUGAAUAUGGAAAGUUUUGCCAUAGGUUGGAGGUAGAUGGUGUAAAUAAUUUGACAAAAAUGACCCGCCAUGUUUCAUUUUUGAGAAAUAAUGUUGAUCCAUCCAAACGAUUUGAGGUUAUAUACCUAGCUGAUAAAUUGCGCACAUUCUUGCCUUUAUCUAUACAAGGUUGUAGUAGCACAAGCUAUGCUUCUAACUCUAAUCUUCACCUUAUAUCUCAUAGGAUUAUUCAUGAUUUGUCAUCCAAGUUUACUUGCAUGCGAGUUUUAUCUUUGUCAGAUCACUUCAUCAUGCAUUUGCCUGAGUCAGUGGGAAAUCUCAAACAUCUACGUUAUCUGGACUUAUCAGGAACUAAAAUAAGGAAAUUGCCUGAUUCAAUAUGUCAACUUCAUCAUUUGCAAACACUAAAGCUGUGGCGUUGUCGUCGUUUGGAAAUGUUGCCAAUGGAUCUCCAUAAACUUUUGAAUCUCCGUCACCUUGAUUUUCGCGAAACUCAAGUAAGAGAGAUGCCAAAGCAAUUGGACAAAUUGAAAAAUCUUCAACUGCUAUCAUCAUUUAUUAUGGACAAAUUUGGAGAGACCAACAUUAAACAUUUAGGAGGACUUAAUCUUCAUGGAUCAAUUUCCAUCUCGGAAUUGCAGAAUAUAUUCUCUCCUUCAACAGCUCAUGCAGUCAAUUUAAGAAGCAAGAUAAACCUGAAGGAGUUGACAUUAGAAUGGUGCAAAGACAAAGAAAAAUCACUACAUGACAAGGAUGUGCUAGAGAACUUUCAACCCCAUAAAAAUUUAAAAAAGCUAUCAAUUGGGAACUAUGGUGGUAUCGAGUUUCCUAAUUGGCUUGCUGAUCAUUCGUUGUCUAAUUUACUGUUCCUAGAACUAAGGCAUUGCAAAUACUGUAGAUCCUUGCCAUCAAUUGGCCUCUUUCCAUCUCUCAAGUCAUUGUCAAUUAUAGGGUUUCAUAGCAUAGUAGCUAUUGGUCCAGAAUUUUGUGGAAAUAGCUCUAAUGCUUCAUCCCUAGAAAUCCUGAGGUUUGGAGAUAUGAAGGCCUGGGAAGAAUGGAAAUGUGAAAUUUUGUCUCUUACAUUCCCUCAUCUUCAGGAGUUGAGUAUAAAAAACUGUCCCAAAUUGAAAGGGCAACUUCCUCAACAACUUCCUUCUCUAACGAUGCUAGUAAUUUACAAUUGUGAGAAGCUUUUAUCUUCAAUUCCAUGGGCUCCAUCUCUUGAUAAAUUGGUCCUAAGAGAUUGCGGAAAUGAGCAGUUGGAAUAUCUUCCAUCAACUCUAAAAGUCCUUGACAUUUCUGGAUGCUUUGGAAACUUAUUAGCAGUUGACAAAAUUAAGAAUAUCAUUUCUAAUUGUAGCCUUGAAGAGUUGAAGUUUUCUGACUGCCCCCACCUAGAAUUCCCAUUAUACUAUUGUCAUAACUUCAUUCUUGAAAUGGAGAUAAGAGGAAGCUGUGACUCUCUUAAGUCUUUUCCACUAGACUUAUUCCCGAAGCUUCAAUCAUUGAAGUUGGUUGACUGUAAUAAUCUUGAAAUGAUAUCUAUUUCAGAAGGGUAUCAUUUUUCUCUUACAAGCUUGUACAUACGAAAGUGUCCUAGAUUUGUAUAUUUUCCUGAAGGAGGGUUUUUGGCUCCCAAUCUAGAAUUUUGUUGCAUUGAAGAAUUGGAGAAUUUGAAAUCGCUCCCUGAGAAGAUGCACAUUCUCUUUCCCUCCCUCGCAUGUCUUUUAAUAAAAUGCUGCCCACAAGUGGAAUCAUUUCCAGAGGGAGGUUUCCCAUCAAAUCUCAUAUAUCUUGAGGUCUUGGGGUGCCCAAAACUCAUAGCCUCUCGUAUGGGAUGGCAUCUAAGUAGCUCUACUUCGCUAGAAUACUUUGGGGUUGGAGAUGCAGAUGAUGAGUCCCUUCCUGAUAUUGGACUACUUCCACGUACUCUAACUUGCCUUGUUUUCCAUAGCUGCCCAAAUCUUAGAUCGUUGCAACACAAAGGUCUUUGCCACUUAUCCUCUUUGGAAAUCUUGGGAUUUUGUGGCUGUCCUCAACUCCAAUACUUUCCAAAGGAGGGCUUGCCUAGUUCCCUUUGUCAACUACAGAUUGUGGGCUGUCCCUUGCUAAAAAAGCAGAUCCAAAAGCGUAAAGGAAAAUUUUGGGCAAAGAUUUCUCACAUCCCUUUUGUUAGCAUUGAAGAGGAUGUAAUCGAAUCUUUAAGUGAGCUUCUCUCUCGUGAAGGCAUCAGCUUUCGUUCUAUCCCUUCACUCAUUAGAACAUUGUCUGAAAGUGAGCAUUUGAUGAUUGUAUCGACCGCCAAUUGUACGAGCUUCACAAAGAGCUUCUUGUGGGAAAGGAGAAGUAUUUUUAAGGCCCAGAAGAGCAUAAACAUGAAGCAAGGAGUAAUCCUUCAAAUAUUAAAGGUGCCCUUCAAAGCAAAAGCUCUUGAUAUUGAGCAGAUUGUUAAUGAUGGCAAUUCUGCAUGUGAUGAUGCGGAAGUGGAUUUCUUUAUCGAAAUCUACGCUAAUGUAGAGGAACAUGAAGCAAAACCAAUAGCAAUAGGUCUUGGACAUGAAAUCAGAAAAGUAGAAUCCUCUGAAGAGCUUCAAGAUCAAUAA